UUAAGUUGAGAAGGGCAAGGUGGACGUAUUUGUGUCAGACUCUGAGCAACAACCAUUCAUUAUCGUUUUUUGUGGGCUGUGUUCAAAUUUAAAUCACAAAUGCAGACUAUGGCAGCAUUACCCACGGGUGUAGUUGAAAUACCAGCAACUGUUAACCCGCGGAGGAAGACUUUAGCUUCGGCCGUGGGAGGCAUCGUACAGGAGUCUGGCUUCCUCUAUGCUGAAAAGGCUGCCAUGGGCACACUCACGGAGAUGCUGCAGAGCUUAAUCAGUGAAAUUGGUCGUAGCAGUAAAGCAUUUUGUGAACAGGCGUAUCGGACGGAGCCAGUCGUUGGUGAUGUGGUUAUGGCUCUAAUAGAUAUGGGCAUUAGUAUUGAAGGAUUACAAGCCUUCAGACUUCGCCAGAACAGAGUCGUUAUCGCUGCUCCGGCCCAACAAGUGGACCUGAAGCAACACAAUGUACUACAAGUUGGUGAUAAGAAGUCUCAUCCACAACACAUUCCUGAUCAUCUUCCUCCAUUUCCUGAUACUCACACUUACUGUUUUUCGCACACGUACAAGCAGCCAGUGACAGAAUAUGAGGCUAUCCGAGAAAAGGCCGCUGCUCAGAAGAGAGACAUAGAGAGAGCAUUAACCAAAUUUGCCGCCAAAACCAGCGAUACACAGAACCUUUUCUUCACUGAUGAUAAGGAAUUUAUGCUUGUAGGUGUGACACCCAACUCCAAGUCAUACUUGGAUGCUCUUAUGCCCAGGGACCAAGUGUUUGAAGAGGAGGAGGAGAGAACAAGAACAAAGAAGAGAAGAAUGGUUCAUGAAGAAGGGGACCCAAAUCACGAGAAGGACAGAAUGAACGAAACACAAGAUGCCGAGUUGGACAACCCCUACCUCAGACCUGUCAAGAUGCCACGCAAACCCAAAGUGAAGAAGUGAAUUACUAGUGUUCCUCAUUCAUAAUUUGUUAGGAAAGUAAGGUAUAGUAAGGUGUACAAUGUAUAGUCAUUACUUUCAAAAUCUACUCAGGCUGUAAUGGAGUGACGGAUAGAAGAGGUUGAUCACUUCAGUUCUUUCAGACUAAGUUUUUUUCCAUUUCAGGAUCUGGAUGAAUCUUGAAUGAUCCUACUCAUUUUCUUUUAUAAUGGAAAAAUAAAUAAAGCACUGGCAUUGAUGUUAUACAAGAUUUCCAGGUGGUUCUGCUGCUUGUAGAUUAUUUAUGAAAUACAAAGGAAAAUUGUAGCUCAGAGGCAAACUUUCCUAUCCUUUAAAUAACUUGCAGUUUGUAUUAAUAUUAUUAACCACUGUGGCUCGUGUUUCUGCCCUCACCUACUUUAUAAUGGUGUCAAGGCUGUUCAACACUGGACUUACAAUUGAUCAGCUCACUCAGAAAUACAAACAUCAAAUACUUUUAAAGUUGUGAUUAUCAAGGUGGAGUGUUGCUGGUUCAUGUCUGAGCACCCACAGGUCACCCACCUGUGGAUGGGUAUCUAACUUUAUAGUUUGAUAAGUGAGGAUACCAAUCACUGCAUCCUUGUGUACUCAAGGCUUUGUAAUCAGUUUACUGUCAGUGGGACCCACUUACACUUUUCAUUGAUUACCAGCAUUUCAAUACAUUUAUUGAAACAAACAAAUUUUUAAACAAGAGCACCAAACUUGAAAAUAAUGCAUAUUUAAUAUGCUUCUGGAUUUAUUUUUAUAGUGGUAACUUGUUAAUAAAAUGUUUUAAUA